GAUCACCCAGCCAGUCGAUAUAAUGUUUAAAACUGUGGACAUGGACACGUGGGAGGAUGAGUCAGGCUAUGUUGAGGGACUAGUGGGGAGGAUGUCUCGCGCUCAUCAGCUGGCCAGGGAAAACAUAAAGGAGGCCCAGGUCAGGCAGAAGAGAACUUAUGACCUUAACCUUCACACUUCUAAGUACAGUCUAGGGGAUGCAGUUUUCAAGCUAGAUACUUCUAAGAAGAUUGGUCAGAGUCCUAAACUGAAAUCUCCAUGGGUGGGCCCUUAUUUAGUUGUCAAAAAAUUAUCCCCAGCCCUUUACCGGAUUUGUGACAGGAAGUCACGGGCAACGGUUGUUCACCAUGACCGCCUGAAGGCUUGCCAUGAUCGAGAACUCCCUGUUUGGCUGCUUCGACUGCGCUCUGACCUUCAGCUUCCAUUAGAUGUCCCACAGGCAGAUGGCUCGGAGGAGCUGGGUCAUCCAGAAGAUUUGGAUGCUAGAGCACCAGCUUUUCCUGGGGAUGGGGAAGUUCUGGAUAGCGACCCUGAUUCGUGGGAGUCUGAGGACCCCCUGGGGGAACAUGAAUAAGGGGAUGCUGCCCCC